AUGGCCACUCACUCCCCCAUCGACUACGCAUCUCAUCGUCCGACGCUGAGCAAUGGGGCACAAUCCACCACAAUCACCGAAUCCGGCGCUGAGAAGGCUUCAGUCGACGCUGAUGUCAAAGUCGUGGGUGCAAGGCCAUCUCGGUCCAUGUUUCCCAGCCUGCGAUUUCUAGCUUGCGUGUUAGUGGUAUCCAUCUACGCAAUCCUGCUAGUCCCGUACAUUCUCGUGAGCACGAUGCUUGCGCUCCUGACACUUAUCGAAAUACUCAUCAGACGGGGAUUGUCGUCCGAUCGCAAUGUCCUAGAUAGACUAGUGUUCGUGCGACUGGCGAUGCAUUGCCAAAGAUCCACGAUGGGGGUUGUCAACUACGUGACUCCUGCGUCCGUCUCAGAAUGCUUGGAAGAGGUGCUGUUGCCAUCCUUACGUAUCAAGAGAUCUCCGCAACAUCAAGAAUACGUGGAGGAGGGCCAGCGAAUGGUGCAGGAAAUUAAAGAGGAAAUUGUGCAUUGCAGGGAGCUGAUCAAAAUAGCUCGCGACCUACGGCGUCAGAACCUCAAGACAUGGCGCACAGCUCCUAGCUCCACGACGUCACCAUCUGAAGCAGUUCAAGUUCAAGAGUAUCGCCGCAGUAUUCAAGACUCGGAGCGUCUCAGGGAACAUCUAGAGGCACUGCAAAGAGAUUACGACGAAUUGACGUUCCUGGCCAGGACCCAAGCAGCUGCCGAUUGCACGGGAUAUCAUGGCCUGACGGAGUGGGCAAGGAAAUCCCUGGAUAUUCACAGACAUCUCAUGAAUGCACUUUGUCAGAUCUCCUUCGUCGGAGCCGGCCUGACGUAUACGACUAUCUUCAGUGCAACACGGGGAAAUCUGGGCCUCAUGUGCUACUCCUGGGGACUUUUCAACUGCGGCUUCAUAAUUCCGCUCUCCGGACUUUCUCUACUGAAAUGGGCGUCCACCAGGAGCCGCGAAACGCUGUUCGCGAGCCCGCAAGUCUGGUCGCUACUCCUCAGUAUCUUCAUCUACCUGUCCGUCAUCGCGGUCGCAGCUGCGCUCUGUCUCCUGAACGUGUCCAUCAUCGUUCUGCAUUAUUCGUGGACGGCCGAUUCGACGCCGCAGUUCAAUGUCCAGCCUGUCCCCGCUGGAGCCUUCGCCCUUAUGUGCACGGCCAUCACCUGUGUACUGACGAUCUUCGCUUUCUUCCUGCAUUACUCGGUGAACGGGUGGCACAACCUCUUUGGUGCGCUGCUUGGACGCCAGAACGAGGAGGCGCGUAGCCAGCGUUUCCGUGAGUAUGUACCAGAGUAA